ACACAGACGAUGACGAGAGACUCACAGUGAAGGUGAACGGAAGAAUAAAGCACGAGGGAUUGUGAACAAACAGAAAGAAAACAGCACAUGCCGAGGGAACUGGAGUCCCAGCGAGGCAGCUGAGUCCGGCUCACGAUGAAAAGGAUCCGUUGCGGACUGCAGGCAGGAGCUAUGUGAAUGGAAGAGACUGUAGAUCUGUAGAUAGCGGAGACAGAAGUGCAGGGGAUGGUUGGGCUGCAUGGGCUCUGUUGUUGGCAUCGCUGCUGCUGUCCUACUCUGCUGCCGCUACCCUUCCCCCUGCACUCUGAACCCCUUCAACACACACAGAUAUGAGCUCCAAACACUCGUCUGACUGGAUCCCUUACAGCACCUUGGAUGAUGAGGGCACGAACCUGCGACAACAGAAGCUGGACAGACAGCGAGCUUUAUUGGAACAGAAGCAGAAAAAGAAACGUCAGGAGCCCCUGAUGGUGCAGUCUAAUCUGGACGGGCGGUCUCGAGUGCGCAGGACCCGGCAGUCGGAGGAACAGGCUCCCCUUGUGGAGAGCUACCUCAGCGGCAACAGCAGCAUCAUCUACCACGUACAAGAAGCGGAACAGGAAGAAGUUAAAGCCGUAGCAGAGGUUCAGGCCCCUCGCUCGGCUAAAAAAACCAAGCCGCCUACUCCUCAGACUGGCAGCGCCAAGAAGGAGAAAAAGGGCAAGCACAAAGGAAUUGAUGGGCCCGCUGCCUUCCAGGAUGAGGGUCAGGAGCUGGGCAACCAGAUUCAGAUCCUGACAGUGGGCCACUCACCUGCCCAGGAGAGCGAGGCAGAGGGCCAGGGUGAGGCAGUGGGCAACACACAGUCACAGGGCAAACAGGACCUACGGGUCACCAUGCUGAAGAAAGGAAUCUCCAGUAGCAUGAACUUUGAUGAAGACGAUGAUGAAGAUGAUUUGGUCAGCUCAAGUUCAUCUCAGCUCAACAGCAACACAAGACCUGGAUCUGCCACCAGCAAAAAGUCCAGCAAGGAGGCGACCUCAGCUUCCUCCCCAUUGGCCAAUGAACCAUCCAUCGACGUGGAUGACCUGGAGGAGUUCACUCUCAGACCCGCACCCCAAGGGGUGACUGUGAAAUGCCGGAUCACACGGGAUAAGAAGGGCAUGGACAGGGGCAUGUACCCCACUUACUACCUCCAUCUGGAGAGAGAGGAUGGCAAGAAGGUUUUCCUUUUAGCCGGGAGGAAGAGAAAGAAGAGCAAAACAUCCAAUUACCUCAUCUCCAUCGACCCUACUGACCUAUCACGAGGCGGCGAGAGCUUUAUUGGCAAACUGAGAUCGAACCUUAUGGGUACCAAGUUUACGGUAUAUGACAGCGGUGUGAACCCAGUCAAGACCACCUCCAGCCUAGAAGCAGGGAAUCUAAGACAGGAGCUUGCCGCAAUCUGCUACGAAACUAAUGUUUUAGGGUUCAAGGGGCCUCGAAAGAUGAGUGUCAUUAUUCCUGGAAUGAACAUGGACCAUGAAAGAGUCUCCAUAAGGCCUCGAAAUGACCAUGAGUCUCUACUGGCUCGAUGGCAGAACAAAAGCACUGAGAGUGUGAUAGAGCUUCACAACAAGACGCCUGUGUGGAACGAUGAUACGCAAUCAUAUGUGCUCAACUUCCAUGGCAGGGUCACCCAAGCAUCUGUCAAAAAUUUUCAGAUCAUUCAUGACAAUGACCCGGAUUACAUUGUGAUGCAGUUUGGUCGUGUGGCAGAGGACGUCUUCACAAUGGACUACAACUACCCCAUGUGUGCCCUGCAGGCGUUUGCUAUUGCUCUGUCCAGUUUUGACAGCAAGCUAGCCUGUGAGUAACUCAUCUCUCUCUGCCAGCCACAAGCUCAAAAGGACCCAGCCAGACUGCUUUACAAUCCCAAUCACUGAGUAAAGGGCUGCAGUGAACUCCAAAGCAGCAGGGUCCCUCUCUCAAGAUCCUCCUUUGGAGGCAUGAAUGCGUAUUGAGUUUGUCUUCUUGUGUGAAUGUGCGUGAGCAAAGUGGCAUUUCCGCUUUUUUAAAAAAGGGCAUCACAGUUGGGGGAAAGCACAAAGACUUCAAAGCUCAAACUGGGAAGAUUAAUAAGAAGAGGAUGCAUUCAUUUGAAUCGACAGUCAAAAAUCUCCUACUCGCUUUCUUUACUUAACCGUCAAGGUAAAACUAACAUUUUGCUAAUGUUAAAAGAAGGAUCUUUUACAGUAGUACUUUUGUCCCUAAGAUUAAAAACGAUCGUUUCAUUUUUCCAUGGUCAUAAUUCUAAAAGAAUUAAUGUUCACUAACCAAUCAAUUAUGAGUUUUCACAAGAAAUAUAACAUGUAGCUGUGAUAUAACAGUUUGGGUAUUUGAUUUAAUGGACUUUUGUAAAUGACUUUCAUAUGUGACAUUUCUUCAGUUAUACAUGUCACUUGUGUCAUUCAUCAUGCCAUUUAAAUAUGUAACGUAUCAAUUCAUGCUUCACAAGGACUCCAAAGCCAGUAUGAAGUAUGACAGUCUGACAUAUUUAACCACUAUUUAUGUAUUUAUAGAUUUCCAUACCAUCUGCUGAUUGUGUCUUACCCCAUAAUUCACUGUGUUUCAAGCACAAAGCUUGACCAAGGUGCCUUCACAUUCGAGCUUUUGGUGCGGAUUUCCUACAAUUCAACUGAUGAAUGUGUGACAAUUCCACAAAAUAGAUGUAAUCAUUAUGACUUUGUGUCCUCCUGGAUGGUUUACAUACAGAUUUAAGAGGACAUGAGAUCCAAAAAUGGCUUUUAUAUCAUUAGAACAAACCAAAAUGAAUGGUUUACCAUAUCCAGGUCCACACCAGUAGCUCUAGUGUGAAAGCACCUGAAGUCCUACAUGGUGGAAGAAGUGUGUACUAAGUCAUUUUACGUGAGGGUCAAUAUCAGGGUAAGUACAUUAUCAUCUCAUACUGACCCGCUACGUUUGUAGGGGAAUGUACUGAGCACUUUAUUUAGAGAUUAAUGGUGGAAAGCUGUAAAUAUCGUGCCUUUGGACGAAACACUUGUGAUGCUUGAAGUUGGUAAGAUGCUACAUUGUUUUCUUCAGCCAGUGUUGUUUGUCAUGCAGGUCUUUUUAAGCUUCUGUCUUUGUUCUUGAAAACAACCUGUAUUUUUCCAGUAUACUAGACUGUAGCUUUCCAGAAAGAUCAGCUUUAGUUUCCUGCUUGUGGAGUAGCUGAUUUUCCAGAACAGAGUCACUACAGUGAGUAAGUACGUUUACAUGCACUUUUAAAAUUUUGAUUUCUGUCUGCCUACAUUAAUAAUUUGUCAUGGAAACACUUUAGUCCAGUUGAAAUUGCACUGGUCAGAUGUUGCAAAGUUUGACUACCAGAACUUGAUAAAGGGAUUGAAGCUUGAUUAUAACUGUGCAUGUAAACAUACUCAGCAACACAGUUUGUUCAAGUCAUCUAUGAAAUCUGCUGCAUGAGGGUAGUUGUGAAAAUGGGGAAUAAACAAAGCGUCCAAGUGGAAUUUACACAAAACUCAAAUCAUCAUCUUUAAUUGUACUAUAGCUUGUACACUUCUGUCUUUGCUAAACAGUGCUCCUGAUUAAUGAAGAAAGGAAAUAAGUGAAGUUGUAUUAUCAGUGUGGCAAUUUAGUUAAAAAAAAAUCUUGAUACAAAAACCUGCUGUACUUUAAAGCCAAACUAUUCUUUAAAGUGUUGUAGAAAUCUUCAGAUGGCCACACAGAUUUACUAGAUCUGCUCUAUAAUGCAUUAGCAUGAUUUGUAGUUUUAUUUUUAUCUUACUAUUUUUCAUUUCAGUCAAAUGUCACAGCAAAGUCUUCAAAAAUGUUGUCAUUGUCUAAAAUCUAGAACGUUAAUGUUGAAUGAAUGUGUUUUUAAGAAAUUAAUCUAUCAUAAUUGUGUUUCCUGCUGAGAGCCCCUUUGGUUUAAUGUGAAAAAUUUAUGUUUGUUUCCAUCACACAGAACAUUCUUAAUUGCACAACACUGCAUUUUAAGU